AUGGCACUCCAACCAUGCAAAAUAUUAUCUUUGAUUUCCCCCAAUUAGUUUUUAAUACAAACCUAAUAACAAAAGACAAUUAUUGUUGGAAACGGAAUUCCCAACUUUUUAACAAGAAGCAAAUUAAAUAUUAAUCAAAAGGCACUAGAUGUGUACUUUUAAUAAUUGAAAUUUGUUAAUAAGGAAGCAUUGUACAUUACAAAAACUAACUAAUUAUAAAUAAAUGGAGCAGAAUUAUAAUAGGACAUUCCAGAGGAAACAGAAAUUCAUUUAAAACUCAUUGGUGUUUAAAAUGAGAAUCCAAAUUAAACACAAUCAGUUCAAGAUUUUAUCAAAUAACAUAGGAAUAAAACUUUAAAUGCCAUCCUAGUCUCUUUUGAAGGAAACAUUUUAAAUUUCAUCUAUAAUAAGGAGACAUUGAUUAGUUUAAUUCCUAGCGCUAUUUAUAUAGAUGGUAAAUUUUAUAAUUUAUUAAAGAAUUUGCAAUUUAAGAUUCAGGAUACUCCAAAAUUAUUUAGAAGGAAUGGCUUAAUAAAGAGUUUGUCAUUACUUUCAAAGGAACUUAAAUUAUGACUGUCAUUCAUGAAAGAAAUUCAAUUAACUUUCCCAUUUUAAAAGCUGAUUUAUAUCCUUUAAGUUAACAAAAUAAUGAAUUAAGUAAUGAAUUCUACAUUUCCUUAACUUCAAAUGGAUAUGCAUUUAUUACUGACUGGGGGUAUUGAUAUAUUUAUAGUUAGAAAAUUGAAUUUGUCUUAAAAUUCUUUUCAAUUAUUGUUUUAGAGCUAAGAGGAAGCUAAAAAAAAUAAUUUGGGGCUUUGGAAGAAUGGGGAAUUGGAUAGAAGGAUGCUCAAUUCAGUUAGUUCUUAAACUAUUGGAUAAAUUGUCGAAAUUGUAGAGGCUAAUCAAUAUUUAGUUAAAACAGAUAAGGAAAUAUUGACGAUAAAAUUAGAUAGGAUUUUCAUCGAAGGACUAGAAGCCAAAGAAUUUGCUAGAAAAUUAUUAAUAGGAAAGCAAGUUCAUAUUCUAUAAGUAGGAGAUAAUAUUCCACUCCAAACCAUAUAAUUGUGCGAUAACAAUUUAGAUAUAGAGGAUGAACUUAUUGCUAAUGGAUGGGCAACACCUAAGGAGAACCAUCCUUAGUUAUCAAAGUUUAAAUUUCAGCAAUUUUAAUAAAUGAAUAAUUUGGCUAAAUAGAAGAAACUAGGGUAGUAUAGUCCAGCACUGACUUGGAGAAUUGAAGAUUAAACAGAUUAGAAAUAAGGAAAGAGUGUUAAUGAAAUAAUUUGGUCUAGUGUUCAGAGAGAUAAAUAAAGUUCAAAAUAAUCAGGCAUGAGUACUGGUAUCACAAUCAAAGAUGAUAAUUAACUUGAAGUAUUGAUAGAUAAAAUAUUGCCUAAUGGAAAAUUUGUUAUAACUAUAUUAAAGUAUCAUUCAAUGGUUAACUUUACCAUAUCUGGAAUAGCCAAGCUAUCAGAAUUUGCAACAAGUUUUCCAAAUGUUACCAAAUAUGAAGAGAAAAAAUAAUAGUUUCUUUAUAAUAUUUUAAUGCAAAGAAAUGCUUGGAUUAAUUUUGANUAAAUAAAUGGAGCAGAAUUAUAAUAGGACAUUCCAGAGGAAACAGAAAUUCAUUUAAAACUCAUUGGUGUUUAAAAUGAGAAUCCAAAUUAAACACAAUCAGUUCAAGAUUUUAUCAAAUAACAUAGGAAUAAAACUUUAAAUGCCAUCCUAGUCUCUUUUGAAGGAAACAUUUUAAAUUUCAUCUAUAAUAAGGAGACAUUGAUUAGUUUAAUUCCUAGCGCUAUUUAUAUAGAUGGUAAAUUUUAUAAUUUAUUAAAGAAUUUGCAAUUUAAGAUUCAGGAUACUCCAAAAUUAUUUAGAAGGAAUGGCUUAAUAAAGAGUUUGUCAUUACUUUCAAAGGAACUUAAAUUAUGACUGUCAUUCAUGAAAGAAAUUCAAUUAACUUUCCCAUUUUAAAAGCUGAUUUAUAUCCUUUAAGUUAACAAAAUAAUGAAUUAAGUAAUGAAUUCUACAUUUCCUUAACUUCAAAUGGAUAUGCAUUUAUUACUGACUGGGGGUAUUGAUAUAUUUAUAGUUAGAAAAUUGAAUUUGUCUUAAAAUUCUUUUCAAUUAUUGUUUUAGAGCUAAGAGGAAGCUAAAAAAAAUAAUUUGGGGCUUUGGAAGAAUGGGGAAUUGGAUAGAAGGAUGCUCAAUUCAGUUAGUUCUUAAACUAUUGGAUAAAUUGUCGAAAUUGUAGAGGCUAAUCAAUAUUUAGUUAAAACAGAUAAGGAAAUAUUGACGAUAAAAUUAGAUAGGAUUUUCAUCGAAGGACUAGAAGCCAAAGAAUUUGCUAGAAAAUUAUUAAUAGGAAAGCAAGUUCAUAUUCUAUAAGUAGGAGAUAAUAUUCCACUCCAAACCAUAUAAUUGUGCGAUAACAAUUUAGAUAUAGAGGAUGAACUUAUUGCUAAUGGAUGGGCAACACCUAAGGAGAACCAUCCUUAGUUAUCAAAGUUUAAAUUUCAGCAAUUUUAAUAAAUGAAUAAUUUGGCUAAAUAGAAGAAACUAGGGUAGUAUAGUCCAGCACUGACUUGGAGAAUUGAAGAUUAAACAGAUUAGAAAUAAGGAAAGAGUGUUAAUGAAAUAAUUUGGUCUAGUGUUCAGAGAGAUAAAUAAAGUUCAAAAUAAUCAGGCAUGAGUACUGGUAUCACAAUCAAAGAUGAUAAUUAACUUGAAGUAUUGAUAGAUAAAAUAUUGCCUAAUGGAAAAUUUGUUAUAACUAUAUUAAAGUAUCAUUCAAUGGUUAACUUUACCAUAUCUGGAAUAGCCAAGCUAUCAGAAUUUGCAACAAGUUUUCCAAAUGUUACCAAAUAUGAAGAGAAAAAAUAAUAGUUUCUUUAUAAUAUUUUAAUGCAAAGAAAUGCUUGGAUUAAUUUUGAAAGUUUUAAUAUUUUGGAGAAUAUGUUUUAUGGAAAGAUUUAUGAGAAGAAAAAUAAUAAGGAUUCCGAUUUCACUUUAUAAUUGCUUAAAGAAGGGUUAACAUUUAUCAAAAAUAAUACUGAUUUUUAUAGUAAAUAUGAGGAUGCAUAAAAAGAGGCAGAAAAGCUUAAGAAGGGAUUCUGGAAUGAAUCCUACGCUUAAUUUAUAAUAGACUUUUCACAAAAUAAAUAAACUUUAAAAAAACAAAUAAGUAAUUAGGGAAACAUAUAAAAAAAUGAAAAUUAACAAAUCUAAAAAGUCACUGUCACUGCUGUUAAUGAUUGCCAUGAAUUUUAUGUCAGAUAAGAAAAUAAUCCUGAAUUUGAAGAACUAGAAGUUCAAAUUGAAAAAGCAGCAUUGAUUGUAAAUAUUUAGAUGUUAUAUAUUUUUAGCCUCUCAAGAAACCAGUAAAGAAAGGAACCUUGUGUUUAGCAAGAUUUUCUGAAGAUAAUAGAAUUUACAGAGCUUAAGUAAUGCAAGCCUUUAAGAAUGAUAAAUUCUUAAUUAAAUUCAUAGAUUAUGGAAAUAAUGAUGAAGUCAGCUAUCAAGAUAUGGGAGUAUUGCCUGCUUAAUUUACAAAUGUUCCUCAAUAGGCUAAAUUAUGCUCUUUAGCAUAUUUGAGAGUUCCUCCAUCAACACAUGAAUAUGCAGAAGAAGCAUCUGAUUUACUUAGGGAAUUGCUACUUGAUUAAUAAUUUGAUUCAAAAGUUGCCUAUACUGAGAAAUCAUCCAAUAGAUAGUUUGUAACUCUUUAACCAUAAGACUAACCAGAUGAAUUACAGUUCACAAUUAAUAAAAUUGCAUUAGAAAAAGGGUAUAAUUUUAUUUCUAAUGAAUUAGAUUAGGAAGAAUAGAUACUAGAGUCUUAUACAAUCCUUUGAAAGAGUUAAAAAAUUAUGAGAUAGAAGCAAAAGCUAAUGGAAUUGGAAUUUGGGGAUUCGAUGAUUGUUUGGAAGAUGAAAAAUAAUUUGAAGACGAGUAUGAUUAUUAUGAUUGA